UGAAAUAGACGUUGCUUUUACCUUCAUAAUUCCAUAUAGCAUUAAUUAGCAGCUGGUCUCUGCGAUAAAAGCACGGCGCUAAACUCGUUUAAUAAUUUUCUUACUAGAGUUUUAUACGAAAAUAACGCCCGUUACCAAAUGAAAUUAGUCCAAACGCUCUUGGUCUCUUACGAAGGACAUCCUAGGCGCAGUGUGGAGUAGAAUGAAGGUCGCAUAUACCCUGGCUCUUUGCUUCUCAUUGAACUUCGUCCUGUGUUGACAAUCGAUGCCAGUUAAUAUCGUGUGGCUGUGACCGGUUCAAUGCUCGCUUACAGCAUAAGAUACGAUUAAAUCAGGAAGUGGAUGCAGAAAGUAGUGAAACAACAGUGCUAACUUGUGACUGGAUGGAAAAGUGACUAUACGUCUCAUGUAAAUCAUACGCGACAGGAUUAUUUCUGUUUUCGAAAUUAUUCAUAUUACUGUUAUUAGUAUUGACGCCAAAUUCGACGCGGAUACUUCUCCGAAAACACGGCGAACGUUUCACUACGAGCAAGUAGCACCUCUGUUCCUCAACGAAUCGAAAUAAAGACGUUGAAAUUUUCCCAAAUAAAUGCUGGCACGCCGCACGCUGCGAUACAACUAGAGUACUUUAGAGUUAUGGUAUUUGCCAACGUAAAGCAUUCUAUUGGAUAGAAAAGCGCGUUUAUUUCCUUUAAACAAUGUUGGCCACUGUGUCAUUACGGGCAAGCCGCUCGCUGAACAUCUCCCGGAGGCGGAUUACCUCACUGACGAAAGACAAUUCCCGGCGGAGCCAGAAAAAGCAUCUUAGCUAUGAAAUCGUUAUACCCGCCAUGGUAACGGCUGCCCAGUACGUGCCUAGUCAUAUUAGCCGACCUGACUAUGCUCAGACCGGAGUCGUCACGGAAGUUCCUCAGAAGCCUGAUAUCAAAAGCCGCGAUCAGAUUCUGCGACUAACGGAAGCCUGUCAGCUGGCAAGACAAGUUCUUGACCGAGUAGGAGCUCAUGUACAAGAAGGCAUAACAACCGAUGAGUUGGAUAAAUUGGCCCAUGCAUUAUGCAUCGAAAGGGGGGCAUAUCCGUCGCCUCUCAACUACAAAUGGUACCCGAAGUCGAUCUGUACAUCCGUCAACAAUGUGGCUUGUCACGGAAUACCUGACACUCGAAGAUUGAAGGACGGAGACAUCGUCAGCGUAGACAUCAGUGUGUUCUUUAAUGGUUACCAUGGCGACUGCGCGGAGACAUACCCUGUAGGUAUGAUUGAUGAAAGAGGAUGGAACGUCAUUGAGACGGCGAAGUACUGCCUCGAGGCUGGUAUCGCGGUAUGCAGGGACGGCGCGAAACUGUCCGCUAUUGGUGAGGCCAUUGAGAAACGAGCCGCCGAGUCCAAUUGCACGGUGGUACCUUACUUCUGUGGACAUGGAAUCGGCACCUACUUUCAUGGACCACCGAAUGUCCUCCACUUCGCUUCGGAUGAGAAUUCGGAGGUUAUGCGUGCCGGCAUGGCAUUUACAAUUGAACCGGUGAUCUCAGAAGGUGGAAGUGAGAUUGUUGUUCUUGAAGACGGCUGGACCGCAGUCAGUACGGAUUAUUCUCGAAGUGCCCAGUUUGAACAUACUAUAGUCAUCACGCCCUCAAGCGCCGAGGUGCUCACCAGUUCUUCGACGGAUUUCUGAAGUGGAUUGAAACAGGCUGAAGUGAAACAAGUGAUUGUUGUUUCUUAAAUAUGCUAAUCGGCAUUUUAAAGCAUCUAAAAGGAAGCCAUCUUAGUCAUCCGUAGGGUUUAUGAAGAAUUACAAGAGCAACCUCAUUACAAAUGCUGGAGAAGGAGUCAACAGCGAAUUUUCAAUUUGGAAAUGGCGAAGUAUAUGGUACUGAAAUCUCUUUUGUCGCUUGUUUUUAAAAGAAGUCUAUCCAAUAUUGCACUAACACGAUUCUACAAUAACAAACUAACGCUUUGAAGCACCUGUUACACACCUAACAGAUUUAAUGGACGCGAACCCUUUGUCCAGGCGCGAUACAAGCUAUCAUUUACCGACUUCAAAAGAAGAGAAAUCUAUCAGUCAACAGGAGAGACCACACUGGCGCCUGUCACUAGCAGACGCAUAUCCGUGCCGCCUCUAUGUAGCAUCACCUGUUUAGGAUGGCACAUUUCAAACACAAUACUCAAGUGGAAAGCAUUCAAGGGACCGUUCUUUUUGCAAGAACGUUGCACCCCUAUGAAACGAGUGAAACAACACCAUGUCGGAUCCUACCAGGAGUGCGGGGAGUACGGACCACUAAAGGAAGACAAAGACAGCUUUACAUUAUCUUGUCUGAUACUGAACUGCUGUUGAGACGAACUGAUCGACAAUUUUCUUUUCGCAAAAAGAGCGAAUUAUGACAGAUUAUAGAUGAGUCAUUGGCCAUAGAUAAUAGCAGGAACGUCGAAUUUAGCUACAACAUUGUGUUAUGUUCCAGAUAUUUUUAUCACUGUAUUUAAUACAAGCGAAAUAAAUAGCAAAUAUGAUUCAUACAGUCAUUGGUAGAACCUCCUCUUCUUAUUUGGCUCUUCUGGUUGUUUCCAGUAAUCCCGGGGGUUAUUCUAUUGGUACGUCUCUAGAUCCCUAUCAGUCAGCGAAGACGAGGAUUGAAACUAGCCUCGCACUGAAAAGUCGAGAUUUUACUGAAGCUCCAUUCAAGUCUCGUCAAGUUUCAGUAAAGUUACCGUAAAAGUAUAUUCAGGUUAUAAAUUAACAUCAAAUUGCUGGACUUUGUGUUUUAUGUGCAUAUUGCAUCGAUCCCGUGAUCGGGCUGAGAAAAUUGGUGGAAUCAACGAUGAAUUUCUUGCACGAUUGAGAUUAACUACGUAGGCGUUCUUAACCUAAAAACAAUCGUACUUACAACAAGCGUUAGUAACCUCAUUUGGUAAAAAGCAAAACUACACCGUUGAUAUUUAAA